AUGGCAAGCCUGAGACAGUCCCUAUCACCCGAUGACGGGGAGCCACUACCCCCUAAUGUCCCAGCUAAGUCGGUGGUGCCGCUGUUCCUAGGGAAAUAUGCGGAAGAGUUCUCGUUAUCUGACGCGCACCCGCUUCUGAGUGACUUGGGUGAGGCGUUUUCACCCGCUGCAGAAUUUCGUCUUGGGCAAGACUGCCAUACGCCACCCUCGUUUCGAGCUCCAGAAGCCAAAUUCGAACCGCACACCCCCCUGGCAUAUCCCUCCGAUAUCUGGAGUCUGGCUCCGGCAAUCUGGGAGAUCGUGGGAAUGAAAGCGAUUUUUAGCACCGAUUUCGUGCAUGAGGAUGAGAUAGUAUCUCAGUCCAUUGAUGUACUUGGACCUAUGCCUUCGGGGUGGUGGCGGCAGUGGGAAGGACAAUCCCGAUUCUUCAAUGAGGAGGGGUCUCCAACGGAAUCUUAUAGAGAAAAUAGAUGGCCUCCGCUUCAGGACUCAUUUGAGGUCGGUGUGCAGAAGUGGAGACGGAAAGUGGGUGACGAGUUUGAAGAAAACGAAAAAGCUGCAUUCCUGGAUUUGAUGCGCCAAAUGCUGUCGUUCGGGCCGAAAGAGCGGCUGACUGCUGAAGAGGUGCUAAAAUUGGAGUGGAUGGUCAAAUGGGCAUUACCUGAUUAUGAGCGGAGCUUAAACUAUUCUUUGGGAAAUGCUUAA